AUGACCUUGCAGGAGAGUCGAUCAGUUCUAGAGUUCUUCAGAGGAGUGGGGUGUUGGUCGAGCACACAGCUGGGCAGCCAGAGGACAGUCACUCUGGCAGAGUGUGGGGAUCCCUGGGAACCCGAGCUGCUCCAGGUCACCCUCACAGGCCCUUUGUGGGGGCUGAUGCUGGUGCUAAGAGGAGCUGAAGAGGCCCUGGGGAGGGACUGGGCAGGGCAGGAUGGGCGAAGCCCUGGGCCCAGAGGGGACAUUAUCUCAGCCCCGCUAUGGGCUCCUGAGCUCCCUAGCCCUGAGUUCCCCUUGUCCUGUGUCCUUCAGGUGAAGAGUGAGGGACCCAAACUGGUGCCCUUCUUCAAGGCCACCUGCGUGUAUUUUGUGCUCUGGCUGCCCUCAUCCAGCCCAUCGUGGGUCAGCGCCCUCAUCAAGUGCCUGCCCAUCUUCUGCCUCUGGGUCUUCCUUCUGGCCCAUGGCCUGGGAUUCCUGCUGGCCCACCCCAGCGCCACCCGCAUCUUUGUGGGGCUCGUCUUCUCUGCUCUAGGUGAUGCCUUCCUCAUCUGGCAGGACCAGGGCUACUUUGUGCACGGUCUGCUGAUGUUCGCUGUGACCCACCUGCUCUACUCCUCAGCCUUUGGCAUGCGGCCUCUGGCUCUUCGGACAGGUCUGGUGUUGGCCGUGCUGUCAGGCCUGUUCUAUGCCCUCCUGUACCCGGGCCUCACAGGUGCCUUCACCUACCUGGUGGGGGUCUACGUGGCCCUCAUCAGUUUCAUGGGCUGGCGGGCCAUGGCGGGGCUGCGGCUGGUCGGGGCAGCCUGGCGCUGGACCGAGCUGGCGGCCGGCAGUGGCGCGCUGCUCUUUAUCGUCUCAGACAUGACCAUCGCCCUCGACAAGUUCUGCUUCCCUGUGCCUUAUUCGCGGGCACUCAUCAUGUCCACCUACUACGCCGCCCAGAUGCUCAUCGCCCUGUCGGCUGUCGAGAGCCGGGAGCCAGUGGAAGACUGUAAACUGAGCAAGGCCAACUGAGGGGCUCAGGCCUGCACCCUGGGAACCUGCAGGAGUUGGAUCAGGAGGGCUGCAGUGCCAGCCUGGCGCAGCAAGGAAUUCACAGGCUUGAGGGGGGAAGCAGGAAGAAGCUCUUCCCAGCAAAGCCAGCAGUCCGGGAUGAUGCUGAGAGCUAGAAGAGUCCCCUGUGGAGCCAGAAGUAGACAUCUUCCCACCUCUACGCCAUCGGGCCGUCACUGGCAGGGUGACGGUGCUCAGCGUCUUGAACUCAACCCCCCUCCUUCCCCUACCAGGAGAAGCUGGGCUCACCCUCCCUCAACCUUGCUGAUCUGCACAGACUUGAGGGAAAGAGGCGGAGAACUCUGUUCUGAGAUGACCCAGGCCCAGGGCUUGAAGCCCCUUUCACAGGCCUCUAGUCGGGAAGACUGGGUGAGGGUGGAGUCUCCCUUUUCCUCUAUCCUUAUUACUUGAACAACCUCAGUCUCUUAAGUGGUGGAUGGGAAGGUGAAAGGGCAGGCAGGAAGGAAACUUCCUUGGUCUGGGAGCUGUGGGUACCAAGGGUUUAAGUUGGCCCCAUCUUUCCCACAGGCCAGCUCAAAGCGACGGCCUCAUACCGCUACCCUCAGACCCAAUAAUCUCCAGGGCUAGGGUGAACCAUGCCAAAGGACGGGGCCAGCCUGCUGUGUGUGUGUGUGUGUGUGUGUGUGUAUGUAUGUGUGUGUGUACAUGUGUACAUGUAGUCUGUCUCAGCCUGCCUGUGUCUCAAAGUCUCAUAGCAGGAGGGACUCGGGGAGCUGCUGAGGGGGUGCUGAACCUAACCUGGGAUCCCCUCCUCCCAACACACACUCAAUGCUUUCCUCCCUGCCCCUCCUGCACUGGGAGCAAGAGGAGGGGGCUCUAAUGACACUGUGGGGUCACAAGACCCAAAGCACAUUCAAUGCAAGGGGAACCAAGGAUGGGACAGCUCCAUCCUGUACUGCCCAUGUGGAAAAAAAUAAAUCCAAGGACCACUGA